UCAUAACAUUGCCAUGCUUUCAUUUUAUACCGAAGGUAUUUCAGUUUUCGCGAUUAUUUGAAAAUCUUAUUAUUGAAAUGGCUUGUAAACUUCAUAGGGUACGAUAUUACAAUCCAAAACCAGUUCAGGUUAACUGUGUUGCAUUUAGUAAAAGCAAUAAGGUUCUCGCUUUAGCCAGACAAGAUGCAUCAAUUGAGAUAUGGGACUUAAAUUACGCUCCUUACCUUAUCAAGUUUAUACCAGGCGUAGAGAACACAUCAGUUGAAGCACUCGGUUGGGUGGAUCAGAGAUUGUUAUCGACAGGACUUGGUGGUGCGAUGGUUGAAUGGGAUACUGAAAAACUUUGUGUUAAGAAUACCGUUAUUCUUACUGGUUAUGCUGCAUGGUGUCUUGAUGUAAAUUUGACUAAUUCUGUUGUGGCAGUUGGAACUGAACAGGGCUACGUUAAUUUGUACUCAGUUGAAAAUGAUGACAUUGUUUAUAAAAAGUUGUUUGAUAAGCAAGAGGGAAGGAUAAUGUGUUGCAAAUUUGACCAUACAGGAAAUAUAUUAGUGACAGGUUCUGUAGAUUCUAUAAGAGUGUGGAAUGUAGAGACAGGGCAAGCAACCUGUCGAAUGUCAGUGGCCAGACGUGGCAAGGAAACCAUAGUGUGGUGUCUUGCUGUUUUGUCUGAUAAUACUGUAGUCUCUGGAGACAGUUUAGGACGACUUACUUUCUGGGAUAGCAAUUUGGGUGAUCAGAUAGAAUCAUACACAACACACAAGCGUGAUAUAUUAUCUAUAGCAGUGUCAGAUGAUGAGAAAAGUCUGUACUUCAGUGGAGUAGAUCCAGUCAUCAUGCAGUUUGUCAAAGUGAAUAGUGGCUCAGGCAAACAGACUUGUGCAAAGUGGGUCAAAAGUGUGCAGAGGAAUAUACAUGAACACGACGUCAGAGCGCUUGUAACACAUGAUAAUAAGCUAAUAUCUGUUGGAGCAGAUGGUUAUUUAACAAUUUCUAGUUAUCCACCUAAAUGGGUUACGAGAAUACCUCCAAUGAUUCCAUACCCAAGGUCAUCUGUUUGUGCUCUGAAAAAAAUAUUAUUAUUAAGGUAUAGCAACUAUCUUGAAGUCUGGAAGUUAGGUUCAUAUGCAGUGAACAAAAGUGGAAAUGUAAUUUUAAAUAAUAUUUCUCAUAUGAAAAACAUCAAGCAAGAAAAUAGUAAGAGUCAGAUAGAAGAAGAUUCUGAAAAUAUUAUUGGUAAAGAAUUUGACCAACAAAGUGUAAACCAGAAACAAACUUUAAAACUAACAGAACAGCCAGUGAAACUUGUGUCAAUACAAACAAAAGGCAAGAAACAAAUUAAAUGCUGUGAAUUGUCUCCCAGCGGGGAGUUAGUAGUGUAUUCUACAGAUAGUAGUAUCAGAAUGCUAAAAUUGGAAUGUGACGAAGAUCAAAGCAACAUAUCGUUGACGAAAGUCCUAAUCAGCGGCAUAACAUGUUGUGAUCGUGUAGCGUUCACUGCUGACUCGAGGACACUGGUAGCUUGUUGUAGUGGAGAUCUGAAAAUAUUGCAAGUAGACCCCGAGGCGGGAGCGACCAUAGUACAGACCAUAGCCUGUGAAAAAUACCUGAAAACGAAAUCGAUAUUACACUUAGUAGUGUCUCAAAAAACACCAUCAAAUACUACGUAUGUUGUGGUUGCCGAUACUCAGGGGUCUAUCGCAGUUUGGAUAAAAAAAACUAAGAAAUUCGAAUUUCACGUAGCACUGCCCAAGUACCGAUGCGUGCCCUCUGCUAUUACCAUCGACAAUAAGCAUGAAAACCUCAUCGUAGUUUAUGUGGAUCAAAAGAUUAUAGAAUACCAACUGGUAAACAAGCAAGUAGCCAAAUGCAGCAGAGCAGAGCAUCAUCCGGAAUGGAGUAAACGUACGUCGCCCGUCAUCUCACUCACCACACACCCUGUUCGCGACGCUCUCGUAAUGCAAGACGAUGUUUCACUUUGGGUACUCGAGCGAGACGCAGAGAAUGAUGAUGAAGAACAGCAGCCAGCGCCUAAAAAAAAGCAAAACUGGUCUUUUAAAUCGAAAAAAAAUAAAGGACUACGCAUUAUUCCGCUCAAGUAUUUAAGUGGAUUCCACUGGCUGGGAGACGAUGAAGCGGUGGCGUUGGAAAUUCUGCCCGAAAAUAUAGUUUCACAGUUACCACCUGUUAUAGCGACUAAGAAACACGCAUUGUAAUAGAAUCAAA